GCCCAAGAACUUUUGCGCAUGUAUAGAUUUUUUCUCUUCUCCCUUGACGUAAAAAAAUAAAAUUGUAUAUUUCUUCACCUAAAAUCAAGAACUGUGAAAGGAAAAAGUUUUGUUUUGCUUUAUUAUAUUUCCUAAAUUAUUUAAAACCUCAAUAAGUGCUCAAAAAAAUCUGCCGAAAUGGCAUGGGGAUUUUGGUCUGCAAGUACGGUUUCUGACCGAGGACGUUCUCCACGAAGAAUAACAACAACAUCAUCUACUCUUCAUUAUCAAUCUCAUCAACCACAAUACACCAUUGCAAUGAAUAAAAAUAUUCAGCAAGAAGAAAAGAGCAAUUUCCAUAUGACAAUGAUACCAACACCACAACAGCAACAAAUUCAGCAGCAGCCAAAACAAAGCGCAAUGAGUUCUGUGUGUGGUAGUCCAUGUCAAAGUACGUGUCAUAGUCCAACUUGCAAUAGUCCAUCAUGCAGUGGAACUACAGAAUCACCUGAGCCUCAACAAUGUCACGAUUGUCAGGAGCCGCAAUGUCAAUAUAAUCAGCAGCAACAACAACAGCAACAGCUUAUUCAACAACAACAACAACAGCAGCAGCAGCAGCUUCAUAUUUCACAAGAACAAAUUCAUCUCCCACAUAUACAUCAGAUUCAUUAUACUUAUUCACGUCGAACAUCGUUGGAUAGCAAUGCAAUCGAUAAUCAACUGACGGACCUUAUUUGUAAAGCCGUUCAACCAUCGAUUCAGUCUGCCACUAAUACUCUGACUAGAAAUGCUUCACUUAGAAUGGGAGAUAUAGGAGAUUAUGCAAUUCCUCAAGCUAUGCAUCAUCAUAUUAUUACUACAGCAAAAUCUAAUUCUUCAUUAAUUCGUUGCGGCUCGUGUCCAGGAUCAACAGGAGUAUCUCGAAGAGGCUCAAGCUCAGAAUCUAGUCCUGCUGGAACUGUUGAAAAUGCAAGUGUUAUAGGUGGUAGUGAUGGCAUUAGCAUGUGUAGAAUCGGAUCAGGAUAUUAUACAGAUACCACGGCACAUUAUGAUAGGAUGCCAAUUCCAAUUCCUGUUGUUCCUAUUAUUCCUCAUAUUAGUAGUAUGCAUUCUGAAGACGAAAUAGAACCGGCCUAUGCCACCGUUUUUCCAAAUACUGCAAUUAGCAUACCACAACCUAAUCAACAAAUGUCUUAUCAAACAGAAGAUCGUAGUAUUUAUCGUCGAGGUGCUCGUAGAUGGAGAAAAUUAUAUAGAAUAAAUGGACACAUUUUUCAAGCAAAACGAUUUAAUCGAAAAGCAUUUUGCACAUUUUGUCACGAUCGUAUCUGGGGCUUGGGUAAGCAAGGAUUCAAAUGUAUACAAUGCAAAUUAUUGGUACACAAAAAAUGUCAUAAACUGGUGCAAAGACCAUGUGGAAAAGAUUACAGUGAUAUCACUACUGAUAGUGGUGAGGAAUUAAAUGGAAACAAUGAGGCACCAUCGUAUACUUUUCACUGUGACUUGUCGGAUUGCAGUCAAAAUUACAUGUCUGAUCAAGAAAUUGACUGUCAAACUCCAAUACAGAAACAAUACUCAUUAGAAGACUUUGAGUUGAUUAAAGUUAUUGGAAGGGGGAGUUACGCAAAAGUAUUGAUGGUUGAACUCAAGAAAACCCGACGAAUUUAUGCAAUGAAAGUAAUCAAGAAAGCAUUAGUAACAGAUGAUGAAGACAUUGAUUGGGUUCAAACAGAAAAGCACGUUUUCGAAACAGCUUCUAAUCACCCAUUUCUUGUUGGUUUACAUUCAUGUUUUCAAACACCUUCACGACUAUUCUUUGUUAUUGAAUUUGUUCGGGGAGGUGAUUUAAUGUUUCACAUGCAACGACAAAGGAAACUCCCAGAAGAACAUGCUCGAUUUUAUGCUGCGGAAAUUAGUUUAGCGCUUAAUUUUUUGCAUGAAAAGGGAAUAAUUUAUCGUGACUUAAAACUUGACAAUGUAUUGUUAGAUCAUGAAGGUCAUAUUAAGCUUACAGACUACGGAAUGUGUAAGGAAGGUAUCGGUUUAGGAGAUAAAACUUCUACUUUCUGUGGAACACCAAAUUAUAUAGCACCCGAAAUAUUACGUGGAGAAGACUAUGGCUUCAGUGUUGAUUGGUGGGCGCUUGGUGUAUUGUUGUAUGAAAUGCUUUGUGGGCGUAGUCCUUUCGAUGUCUCUGGAAUUGAACAUACUGAACCAACAACUAAUUUAUGUCAGUCAAGAAAACGUCGAAGCAUUCAUUCGACAUCAUUCCUUCAAACCACUGAAGAUUUCCUAUUCCAAGUUAUACUAGAAAAAGCUAUUCGAAUUCCUCGAUCUUUAAGCGUAAAGGCUGCAUCUGUCUUAAAAGGAUUUUUAAACAAAAACCCUGAUGAAAGAUUAGGGUGUCAAGAAAACGGAUUUUUGGACAUUAUUAAUCAUCAAUUCUUUAAGACUAUAGAUUGGGAAAUGUUGGAACAAAAACAAGUAAUGCCACCGUUCCAGCCAAGAUUGGAAAAUGAAAGAGAUUUAACAAACUUUCCACCAGAAUUUACAGACGAGCCUGUUCAACUGACACCGGAUGAAGAUAGAAUUAUAGAUAAAAUAGAUCAAUCCGAAUUUGAAGGAUUUGAAUAUGUCAAUCCAUUAUUAAUGACAUUUGAUGAUUGUGUUUGACAUAACACAAAUUGCCAAUAUCAUCCAAACUAUCCAAUUCAGUGCUAUGAGGAUUCCAGUGAAUACGAUUCCGUUGCUGAUGAGAUGAAUCUUCUUCACAUGCGAGAAGUUCAACAAACGCCACAAAAAAGUUUGCUUCAACACAUGUUUUGUCUUCCCUUAAACUGAUAGAAAAUUUAAACACAAUUUAGAGCAGUUCACUAGUUUUUUUUUGUUUGUUGAGAUCUUUUAUCUUAGUAGCUAUUUGAAACGAUGUAAGAUUAGUUUGAGUAAAUAAGAGCAAUCGAAUAAAAACUUAGCGAUUCUAGGACUAGAAAAGUGAAUUAAAUAAAAAGUGCACUUUUAAAAUAUCGCUGAAAUCCAGAAAGUAGAGAUCAUGUCCAGGAAUCUUUCUGGAUGGUGUGCCAAGUAAAUAAGUUAAAAGUAAUAUUAAAUAUGAAUGAUUAAAACUAUUUUGAAAAUCUAGCUCUAAUAAAAUAGACAUGAAUUUCAUACAAGAACUGAUCUGUUAAAAAAAACGAAAUAUCGAAUUAAUUAAAAUAUAAAGAAAUUUAUUGAUUUAUAAAUAUUUAACAAUUUAUCUUGCAUUUCUAGAUAAUUGAGCUAUGAUAGAUGCACUACAAGUAAAAUCUUUAUAUUUAAAAAUUUCAAAUAUUACAAUAUAAGCA